AUGUCUCGUGGUGCAAGUAAUAGGAAAAAAAGUACAGCAAUUGGUAUUGAUUUAGGUACCACAUAUUCAUGUGUUGGUGUAUUUCAACAUGGUAAAGUAGAAAUAAUUGCUAAUGAUCAAGGAAAUCGAACAACACCAUCUUAUGUUGCAUUUACUGAUACGGAUCGUUUAAUUGGCGAUGCUGCGAAAAAUCAAGCCGCUAUGAAUCCAACUAAUACAGUAUUUGAUGCAAAACGUUUAAUCGGAAGACGUUUUGAUGAAGAAACUGUACAAAAAGAUAUUAAAUUAUGGCCAUUUAGAGUUAUUAGUGGUAAAGAUCGUAAACCAUUUAUUGAAGUUGACUUUAAAGGAGAAAGAAAAGUUUUUUCUCCAGAAGAAAUUUCUUCAAUGGUAUUAACAAAAAUGAAAGAAACAGCCGAAGCUUUCUUAGGUACACAAAUUAAACAAGCUGUUAUCACGGUUCCAGCAUAUUUUAAUGAUUCACAACGACAGGCAACAAAAGAUGCUGGAGUUAUUGCUGGUCUUGAUGUUCUUCGUAUUAUAAAUGAACCUACAGCUGGUGCACUUGCUUAUGGUCUUGAGAAACGACUUCAACGUGAUCAAAAUGUUCUUAUCUAUGAUCUUGGUGGUGGUACAUUCGAUGUAUCCGUUUUAACAAUUGGUGGUAGUGGUAAUGAAGGUGGUACAGUAUUUGAAGUCAAAUCUACCGCUGGUAAUACACAUUUAGGUGGUGAAGAUUUUGAUAAUCGUAUGGUACAACAUUUUGUUGAUGAAUUUCGUCGUAAACAUGGUAAAGAUAUAACAAAACAUACGAAAGCUCUUCGUCGUUUACGAAGUGCAUGUGAACGUGCUAAACGUACAUUAUCAUCAUCAACAACAGCUUCAAUUGAAAUUGAUUCUCUUUUUGAAGGAAUCGAUUUUAAUACACAAAUAAGUCGUGCUCGAUUUGAAGAACUUAAUAUGGAUAUGUUUCGUGGUACACUUGGACCAGUUGAACAAGCUCUUCGAGAUGCUAAAUUACAAAAACGUGAUAUUGAAGAAGUUGUACUUGUUGGUGGUUCAACACGUAUACCAAAAGUUCAACAGUUAUUAUCGGAAUUUUUUAAUGGAAAAACUUUAAAUAAAAAUAUUAAUCCUGAUGAAGCUGUUGCUUAUGGUGCUGCUGUACAAGCUGCAAUUUUAACUGGUGAUCAAAGUGAAAUGAUUAAAGAUGUUUUACUUAUUGAUGUAACACCAUUAUCAAUGGGUAUUGAAACAGCUGGUGGUGUUAUGGCAAAAUUAGUUGACCGAAAUCAACGUAUUCCAUAUAAGAAAACUCAAACAUUUACAACCUAUGGUGAUAAUCAACCUGCAGUAUCCAUUCAAGUUUUUGAAGGUGAACGUAGUAUGACACGUGAUAACCAUUUAUUAGGUAGUUUUAAUCUGGAAGGUAUUCCACCUGCACCCCGUGGUGUACCACAAAUAGAUGUUACUUUUGAUUUGGAUGCUAAUGGUAUUCUUCAUGUUACUGCAGAAGAUAAAAGUACAGGUCGUAAUAAAAAGAUUGAAAUUAAAAAUGAUAAAGGACGUUUAUCACAAGCAGAAAUUCAACGUAUGGUUAAUGAUGCCGAACAAUAUCGUGAAGAUGAUGAACGAGCACGUGAACGUGUUAAUGCACGAAAUCGUCUUGAAACAUAUACAUAUUCAUGUAAACAAGCCGUAGAAAAUUAUAAAGGUUCAGCUAUAAAUAGUUCCGAUAAAUCAACUGUUUUAAAUGCAUGUAAAGAAACUCAAAGAUGGUUAGAUGGAAAUCAAUUAGCUGAAAAAGAUGAAAUUGAACAUCAAUAUAAUACAUUAGAAAGAAAAUGUCAAAACAUAAUGACAAAAAUGCAUGGUGGUGGUGGUGGACAACAAUAUAAUCGUGGCGGUGGAAAUCAGAAUGGUAAUGGUUAUGAAAAUGGUAAUGGUUAUGAAAAUUAUUCAGGUCCACAUGUCGAAGAAGUUGAUUAA